AUGUCGUCGUUCGAACAAGUGGUGGUAAUCGACGGCAAAGGUCACUUGCUGGGCCGCCUGGCCAGCAUCGUGGCCAAGCAGCUCCUCAACGGACAGAAGAUCGUGGUGGUCCGAUGCGAGGCAUUGAACAUGUCCGGAGAGUUCUUCAGGGCCAAACUGAAGUACCAGGCUUUCCUCCGAAAACAGACACGAUUCAACCCUACCCGCGGUGGUCCCUUCCAUUUCCGCGCCCCGUCGAAGAUCUUCUGGAGAACGGUUCGCGGCAUGAUCCCGCAUAAGACCUCGCGAGGCGCCGCCGCCAUGAACCGCCUGAAGUCCUUCGAGGGUGUCCCGCCGCCGUACGACAAGAAGAAGCGCAUGGUCGUCCCACAGGCGCUGCGCGUGUUGAGAUUGAAGCCUGGCCGCAAGUACUGCACCGUUGGUCGCUUGGGCCAUGAGUUCGGCUGGAAGUACCAGGACGUCGUUGCCAGACUCGAGGAGAGGAGGAAGGUCAAGGGCGCAGCGUACUACGAGCGCAAGAAGGUGGCGCGGAGACAGUUGGCGGAUGCGCAGAAGACGGCGAAGGUGGACACCAAGGUGACGACGGAGCUGGCUCAGCUCGGAUACUAG